UAAGAAGUCAUCCGUCGGGCAUCAGUAAAAUCCUAAACAUGCUACGACGAACAUACUCCCGCUUCAUCUUCGAGACAAUUGGGGAUUCGCGUAUCUUUCACCAUCAGCGUUUUGUCAACGAUUUGCAAAUAGAUUGUCCCACCUGUACGAGUUGUGUGGAGACCAGAGAGCCCUACAGUAGGCACUGGCAAAACGACCAUGCUGCCGGAACAAGCCACCAAAUCCAAAUGGACCCUGACGAGAGACUCCUCUUGAAGCGGAUCGAGACGGAGCGAAUAGAAGCGUUUAUGCUCUGCGAUGGGAGCGUCUCUGGCAGAACGAAUGACUUCCUAUUAGAGGCUGGAAUGGAGGCAGUGCCCCAACUGCUGCGAUUUCUUAGCUUUGGGGCCACCAAGUUGGAGGUGACUAUUGGAUUUUAUGUGAACGUGAAGAAGGAACGAAUGUAUUACGAAAGUAGUCCGAUGAUUGUCGAACACCACCUGGACAUUGUGGAAUCUGUGGAUAUGCUCUUCUCCAUGUUGCUGGAGAAGAUUAGCAACUAUGUACUGCUGCAGCAGCGUGUUCCCUUGGAGGCUUGCGUCAUAAGACGAAUGAAAGUGACCGUAAAGCGUCAUAGCAAUCCCAUAUCGGUCCAGUGGCGAUCCACCGCAAAGCUACCCCUCCAGUACCGCGUAAAGAGGUUAGAUACUGGAACCAACAAUGCCACUCUAUUCGCCGAGAUCUGUCAGAGCCCCAGGGAUAUAUUCCAUAUUGGCCUCUUGCCGGAUGCGUUGCAGGUGAAUUUGUACUGCUUUCGUGUCUGUGCCAGCACCAAAGAACUCUACGCAGUGCCCUAUCUAAUCCGCCAUGACGAUGUCGAAAACACCCCUACAUUCGUCAUACACACCGAUAUCGCGGGACAUUUCCGGGGCCUACAGGAGAUCCGGAAUGUGCGCAAGUUCCUUCGCGCCGAUAGGCAGGAUCGCGUGUUCGAAUGCCGGAAAUGCAAGUCGCGUUUCGGCGAUCGCGUUCAGUUCGCAUUGCAUAAACAAAUCGAUUGUGGACGUGGCUUCAUGGUGUGGCAUUUGGAAGAAGAUGCCAUAGAGCUGCACCACAAUUGCUUGCCGCUACCCAAAGGCUACUUCAAGCACGACUGGUUUGGUUUGGGUACCAAUAAAACUUUAAAAUAAAUUGACACCAUGGCCUCGGACUCACCUUACGCAAAUCUAUAACCGAGCAACCAGCCACUGCUGACACGUGCAUAAGAACUUAAAAAGGACUUACCGCAAUUUCAUUUUCGUUUUUCAAAAAUAUACUCUACUCGUAUUUAAGGUUAUGAUAAUUACUUUCCACGAAUAAAAAUAUACCAUAUAUACCAGCUCCACAAAAAGAAUAAUUAAAAGUUAACCAACAAUUUAUUUUUCUGUACAAUCA